CUCUGCACUGUACUCUGCCCUUUCAUACGUUCGUUUGUUUGUUUCUUCUUUCACACCUUUUUUCGUGAAUUCAUACACUCUUGAAUUCUUUCCUGGUUUUAAGGUUUGAUUCUGAGUUUCUGUCUCUGUAUGUUAAGUACGCAAUGGAUCCAAGCUUCUUAUUUCCGGUGAAAUACAAAGAGUAUCGGAAAAUCACGAAAAAGUUGGUGAAGCCAUCCAAACAGGGCCUUAAGAAGCUGCCCUCCGACGCCCGGAAGGUCCCAGACCACCAGAGCCUUAAUCAUCCGAGAACCGUUAGGAUUUCCGUCACCGACGCCGACGCGACGGAUUCCUCCAGCGACGAGGAGGAUGAGAUUUUCCGGCGGCCACGUGUCAAGAGGUACAUCGAGGAAAUCAGAAUGGAGACGGCGGCGGUCAGCGCCGGUAACUGCCCGAAUGACAGGGUUCGAACUGCAGAGAAUCUUCAGGCGAAGCCGCGGCGGAUGAAGCUCAAAGAGGCUGCCGGCGGCGGCGGCGUCAGGAAGUUCCGGGGAGUGCGGCAGCGGCCGUGGGGGAAAUGGGCGGCGGAGAUACGAGACCCGUCCAGACGGGUCCGCCUCUGGCUGGGCACAUACGACACGGCGGAGGAAGCCGCCAUGGUCUACGACAGCGCCGCCAUUAAGCUCCGGGGACCCGACGCUCUAACGAACUUCAUCACGCCGCCGGCGAAGGACCCGUUGCCGGAAAAUAACGUGACGUCAUUCUCCGGGUACGAAUCCGCCGACGAAUCCCACAACCUUUGCUCACCGACUUCCGUUCUCCGUUUCCGAAGCGCCGACGGGGACCCGUCGACGGAGUCCGGCGAGCAGGUUCCGGUGGAGGCCGGCGACGAAUGCCAAGGGGAGACCGUUGCGCCGCCAGAUUACUCAAACGAAUACCUGCCGUUGGAUAUUCCUUUCUUGGAUGACUUCUUUAAUUUUGAGCCGCAGGAUGAGCCUUCGUUGUUCGGGUUCCACGAUUUCGCCACGUGUCCCGCAGAUUUCCCUCCUUUGGACAAUAAUUUUGCAGAUAUUAAGGAUUCUACAUUUCACGACCUUGGUUCGAUCGAAGUCGAGGAUUACUUCAAUGAUUUUGCUGCAGGGGCUGAUCCACUCUUAGCCAUAAUAUAAAUCAUCAAAUACAAUACAAUACAAUUAUCACCAUUAUUAUUAUUAUUAUUAUUAUUAUUAAUUAUUUUGAAUAUAUACAUAUAUAUAUAUAUAUAUUCAAAUUAAACAGUACUCUCCCAUAGCUGUUUUGCUAAUCCGUAGCAAAUUUUGUUCACAGCUAUGAAUCGAUCGGUAUGUAUUUUAUAUUUUUUGUCGUUAAAUCUUAAGUGUAAGCAAUUAGUUGUCAAUUUGUUCUCUAAUAUUACAA